GCUCUCCAAUCCUUUCUUAUGACCGGGCUUUUGUUGCCGUAUCCCCAGUAGCACUGUCGGCCCAAAGCCGGGGGACCUAAUGGGAGGUUACGGCAAUGGAAUGAUGACCAAAGUAGAAGUAUGUAUAAGCGGCGAACGGCAGACGCAGUGAAGGCCACAUACUUCACCUGGAAGCUCUAGCUACCGUAGCUUGAUAGGUAAGUACCGUUGGCAUUGCUUGCCACAGAACGAGGACGCGCACAUGUCGUAAGCAGUAUCCCAACCGUUCUGCUUAUAUAUAGGUAGGCGGACACAUGCUGUUUGUAAGCUAGGCAGCGUCACCACAUGCAUAUCAUAGUUUAAUGUAAAGGCACGAUGCACUUGUCACAGCGCCCUUCUUUUACAACUACACGAUACAAACAACAGCCAUGUUACCAGCAACAUACCGGUAUUCCAGGCAGCCGACGACAGCCGAACGUAGCAGAAUCACCACACCCAAAGAGCAUCAGCAAACAUAUCUUUAUAUUCGGCCUAGGCUACACGAGCAUCGCGCUUGGCAAUUGGCUUGCAGCAGCUGGAUGGAGCGUCAGCGGGACAUGUCGACAGCAGGCUCGCGCGCAAGCACUGCGCGAGCGGAAAGGCUGGGUAGUUGAUAGAUACGACCCUGCCACGGGAGCACAUUUAAGCCCAGAGCUCCAAGAGCGCUUGGAAAGCAGCCCCUAUGUGCUCAGCAGCAUCCCCCCUCUGGCGCUUGGAAUAUACGACCCGGCGCUGGCUGCACAAAAGGCGCUGCUGCUGCCGUUGGCCGCUGCGGGGCGCAUUGCCUGGUUUGGCUACCUGAGCAGCACAGGAGUGUACGGCGACUGGCAAGCUCGCCGUGUCGCCAAACCAGUUCCAAGGCGGUUGUACGGCAGCAGGCGGAGGCGGCCUGGAUGGAGAUGUACGAGCAGUACGGACUGCCCACACACGUGUUCCGGUUGGGAGGCAUCUACGGCCCCGGACGCAGCGUGUUCGAUACUCUCCAAGCCCAGCCCAAGGACCUCUCCGGAAGCCGACAACAACGCGCCCAGCAGCGCUACACCGCCCGGUGUCACUUGUACGACAUCUGUGCCGUACUAACCGCCAGCAUGGCAGCGCCGUACCCGGGGCGGAUCUACAAUGUCGUGGAUGACGAUCCGGCUCCCCGAUCUGACGUCAUGUCGUACGCGAGGACGUUAGUGCAGCCGCCAGCAGCCCAACCGAAAACGGUUGCUACAGCUGCGGCAUCAGCCGAGACAGCUCCUGAUGUUGCUGCUGCUGCUGCUGGCGCUGCGGUUGCUGCUACCGCUGCUGUUGAGGAGGAGAAUGUGAAGGGGUCAACUGGGUCGUCCUCGUCUUCCUCUCAGCCACCCUGCUCCCCCCAUCCAUCCUCUUCCUCCCAGCCGUACGGAAGCAGCUCCCGCCAUGCAAGUGCCCCACUACACCCUCAGCCCCAGUCCCGACAUGAAUCUUGCAUGCUGCAUGCUGACAAGCAACAACAAGAACGACAUCCACCACCGCCGUUGGACCAAACGUCAUCAAGGCCCAAGUCGCAGCUCAUCAGGAGCAGCAGCAGUUCAACAGGUGCUGCUGCUGAGGGUACCUUGACGACGAGGGCAGUGCAGUUGCCGCCACCGCCAACACCACCACCACCAUCACAGCCCCAGCCCAUGCCCCAGCCCCAGUCCCAGCAGUUGGAUGAGAAGCGGGUGGCCAACGGGCGCAUCCGGGGGGA